GCCCUUCUGUUGUUUUGUUUCCGUUUCUUCCAUUUCCGUUCUAACUUUCCAGAAUCAAAAGUGCGAUAUGUGGCGAUCGUAUAAAAGUUUCAAAAGUUUCCAAAAGCCACUGUUUACACAAUUUGAUAGUUAUAUUUUCAAACUCUAAACGACUCCAAUAUGGCAACUACGAUUGCAUGGACUCUCGCGUCCUCGCGCUUCAAAUCGUCGUUUUUUAACAGUGCUAAGCUACUGAAUACUAACAAGCACCGGUGAUCAGACUCCUGUGCUGUUUUAUGGGUGUUUCUUAUGACAUGUUUAUUCCUGAUAGAUGGUAAAAAAUCGCGAUGGGCCUAGUCACUGGGCAGGCCUCGGAUUUGCGUGAGAGUUGGAGGGGUUUAGAGAGGCGCAUCGCUGCUACAGGAGUCUCCUCCUCUCCGCUCCCUCCACGGAGUCUCACAGAGAACCAUGUUUAGAGGAACUUCAGCGAACACCACUGAUACGUCUGUCUGCUUCCUAAAACGUGGUCGCGGAAGCAAUUCAUGUCAUGUUGAUCAUCUAAAAGAAAAAAAACAACAACUACUUUACACAUUACUGCAUUCUGAUUAUUUUUUUAAAGUACUGUCUUUGACCAUUUUAUUCUUUAGGAUCAAACUUAACUUAAUUCUUCUGGUUUGGUUUACAGGUGGCGGAAUAUCAUUGACAGAAUGUCAAAAAGUGAGACUGAGGAGAUGAUCGAGAUUGAGAUUGAUGGCCAAGAAAAACAGGAGUGCCUAGAAGAAGGGAUAGAGGAGCAGACCAUCACAGCUAGCGAUCUCAUCACUCAGGAUAUUGAUAUCAAUGAGCCUGUCGGGAAUUUGAAGAAGUUGUUGGAGCCCCGCCUGCAGAUUGCUCUGGAUGGAUAUGAUAUUUGUCUGCAGGACAUCCAUUUACACCCUGACCACAGCCUUUUUGACCAAGGUGUGAAGACUGAUGGCACAGUGCAGCUCAGUCUGCAGAUUGUCACAAAACCAGGUGAGGAGAAGUUAAAUAUACUUGAGAUUGUGAAGCCAGUAGAGACUGUGGAGGUGGUGAUAGAUCCUGAUGCAGCAGCUGGAGAGGAGGCUCACUUGGUGGAGGACGGUCAGGUGAUAGCGGUGGAGCGAGCUGCAAUUGCAGAUGAGACCUCUGAACAGGUGACCCGAUGGGCAGCUGCACUCGAGGGUUACCGCAAGGAGCAGGUCCGACUUAGUAUUCCAUAUGACCCGGUGCAGUGGACGGCAGAUCAGGUGAUCCACUGGGCAGUGUGGGUGAUGAAGGAGUUCAACAUCGAGGAGAUUGAAGUGGGAGGCAUCCACAUACCAGGUCGGCAACUGUGUGCCUUCAGCCAAGAAGAGUUUCUCCAGAGAGUGCCCAAUGGAGAGAUCCUAUGGAGCCACCUAGAGCUUCUGCGCAAAUAUGUUCUGGCAAGUCAGGAGCAGGGACAAGAAGCUACAGUCACUAUUGACCAGCCUGUGCAGAUCAUCCCUGCGCCUGUACAACAAGCCACACCCACAACUAUUAAGGUGCAGAAGCAUAACAAAGUGCCCCGAGCGCCACGCAUCUCUGGAGAGGAGCGCAGUUCCCCAGGCAACCGUACAGGUAAUAAUGGGCAAAUUCAGUUAUGGCAGUUCCUGCUGGAGCUGCUGACUGAUAAGGAUGCGAGGGACUGCAUUUCCUGGGUCGGAGAGGAGGGCGAAUUCAAACUUAACCAGCCCGAACUGGUGGCUCAGAAAUGGGGUCAGAGAAAGAACAAACCCACAAUGAACUAUGAGAAGCUCAGCAGAGCCCUCAGAUACUACUAUGAUGGAGACAUGAUCAGCAAAGUGCAAGGCAAGCGCUUCGUCUACAAGUUUGUGUGUGACCUGAGGACUCUGAUCGGAUACAGUGCUGCUGAGCUCAACAGUCUGGUGACUGAGUGCGAACAGAAGAAACUUGCACGAGUGCAGCUACACGGCAUCGGGCAACCUGUCAACACAGUUGCCCUGGCAACGGCUGCAGGACAGCCAGUCACCACAGUCACGCUGGCCACUGCUGCCACAUUGGAGAAGGACAGCUGAGUAGAAGGGGCUAUGUGAUAUAUAUGAUGUGGAGAAAGGAAAGGCAAAGACUUUGGGCAGGACAAGUGCAUUUAUGAAUGUGUGUAUGUGUUUUAUGAGUGUGCGUGUGUGCGUAUAUAGAAGAAUGAGUGUUAAGGGACAGUAUAGCAGGGCCCACAAGAGAGAAUGAUCGAGGUUGUGUGUAUGAGAGAAAUAAUGACAUUACUAAUGACCAUAUUUGAGCUUUGAGUUUGUGUAUGCUUCUUCUCUGACUGCAGGGUAGCAUUGGCUGCAUUUCCAUUGUGUAUAUACUCUAUGUUUUUGAUAGCCACAACGGCAGUGUAUUUUGAUAUUUUCCAUUUCUAAAAGAUUUUUUUUAUUUUGAGGUUCUGACUCCCUUGAGGUGAGGUACUUUUAACUGUCCACCAGGGGGAAAUAAAGAGAUAAUUUUUCGAAA